AUGAUGAAGGAGAAGAAUGCAAGCUUUGAAGGUUACUUUAUUCUCUUGGGUUUUUCUAACUGGCCUCAUCUGGAAGUAGUUCUCUUUGUGGUCAUCUUGAUAUUCUACUUGAUGACGUUGAUAGGAAACUUGUUCAUCAUUGUCGUGUCCUACCUGGACCCCCAUCUCCACACCCCCAUGUACUUCUUCCUCUCAAACCUCUCUUUCCUGGAUCUCUGCUACACCACCAGCUCCAUCCCGCAGUUGUUAUUCAACCUCUGGGGCCCAGAGAAGACCAUCUCUUAUGCUGGCUGCAUGACUCAACUUUACUUUGUCCUUGCUCUGGGCUCCUCUGAGUGUGUGUUAUUGGUGGUGAUGUCCUAUGACCGUUACGCAGCUGUAUGCAGACCCCUGCAUUACAAUGUCAUCAUGCACCCUCGGUUUUGCCAGUACUUGGCCGUGGCUACUUGGGUAAGUGGCUUUACCGCUUCAGCACUUCAUUCUUCCUUUACAUUCUGGGUUCCCUUGUGUGGACAUAAUCAAGUGGACCACUUCUUCUGUGAGGUUCCAGCACUGCUGAAACUGUCAUGUGCUGAUACCCGUGCUAAUGAGCUAACCCUCAUGGUCAUGAGCUCUAUUUUUGUUCUCUUACCCCUACUUCUCAUCCUCAGCUCCUAUGGUGCCAUUGCUUGGACUGUACUGAAGAUGCAAUCUGGAACUGGACUCCAAAAGGUCUUUAAGACAUGUGGCGCUCAUCUGCUGGUUGUAUCUCUCUUUUUCAUACCUGUUAUGUGCAUAUAUCUUCAACCGCCAUCGGGAAAGUCCCAAGAACAAGGCAAGUUUAUUGCCCUCUUUUACACGGUUGUCACACCCAGCCUCAACCCUCUCAUCUACACUCUCAGAAACAAAGAUGUCAAAGGGGCAGUGAAGAGACUGUUGGGCUGGGACAGGGAGAUGUGA